AUGCCACGCCAGUCACCUCUCCCCGAGUCCCGCGAGCUCGGCGUUGCCAUGCCAGAUACACAACCUAUUGCCACGAAGAAAUCGCCAUUUGCCUCGUCAUGGCCCCAUCUCGUUGCUGGAGGCAUAGGAGGCAUGACGGCUGCCGUGCUGACAGCACCGCUUGACGUCCUGAAAACACGACUGCAGUCCGAUUUCUACCAAGCGCAGCUGCGCGCUGCCCGAGAAGCCGCCACCGGAUCUGCGAAUGCCAGGCUGGGCCUGGCCCGAUCUAUCACCUAUCACAUGUCCGAGACGAUACAGAUCCUGCGCGACGUCUAUCGCCUGGAAGGCUUUCGCGCGAUGUUCAAAGGGCUGGGCCCCAACCUGAUCGGCGUUGUGCCUGCGCGCAGCAUCAACUUCUAUGUAUACCCGACGAGCAAAAGAUUCUACAGCCAGUGGCUGGGCAUCGACGCAACCUCGCCAACAGUACACUUGGCUAGUGCAGUGACAGCAGGUAUCGCCACCGGCACGGCGACGAACCCAAUCUGGCUUGUCAAGACACGAUUGCAGCUCGACAAGAAUAACGCGGCGAAGAAGGGUGACGUGGCUGCCCGUCAGUAUAGAAACAGUUGGGACUGCAUCAAGCAGACAUUCAGAAAUGAAGGGUUCAGAGGCUUCUUCAAGGGCCUGAGUGCCAGCUAUCUCGGCGUCACCGAGAGCACGCUGCAGUGGAUGCUGUACGAGCAGAUCAAGGCGUCACUCCGGCAACGCGAGGAGGCCAUCAUCACCAGCGGACGCGAGAAGACGUGGUGGGACCGCACAGUGGACUGGACAGGCAACUCGAUGGGCGCAGGCGCUGCCAAAGGCAUCGCGUCCGUCCUGACAUAUCCUCACGAGGUCGCCCGUACGAGGUUACGACAGGCGCCGAUGCAAGACGGCCGACCCAAGUACACCGGCCUCGUCCAAUGUUUCAAGCUUGUGUUUAAGGAGGAAGGCUUCAUCGGAUUAUACGGUGGCCUGACGCCCCAUCUUAUGCGCACGAUCCCGUCGGCCGCCAUCAUGUUUGGCAUGUACGAAGGUAUUCUGACCGUGCUGGGAGCGAAGCACUGA